UAAUUGGCGGUUUCGCCCUUCCGCAUAGAACAGCAGUGUGGCGAGCACAGGUUCAAUGAAUCUAUCGCGUACGGAAUAUGGAAGAGCGUUUCCUUGACCACGACAAUCGAAAAAUCGAAAAACGCGUCCCGUGUAAACAGGAGAACGAUGCGUUGUUCAGGUCGAAGGCUGCUAGCGUGGCUUGGAGUAGCGGUUCCUCUGGUUCUGGUUGGACGUUUGCUAGUGAAUCGAGGUUAUCGUUCGCCGAUCCCGGAGAUCGAUAACGACGACGACGAUGAAAACAAUAACAAUCACAACAUCGACAUCGUGGCGUUGUCGAAGCAAAGUACGACGACGAGCCGUCGCAAGGAAACGGUGACCAGGCCACCGGCGUUCGUAGCAGGCAUGUACAUGGCGGGUCAACAACCCAGGAACAAUUCUUGCAGAUGGUACCACGGUCUGCCAGACGUUAUUACGUAUCCGUCGUCGAAAGUCACCUGGAGCCCGGAAAUCGGUGAGAAGAGCCCCUACAGAGUCCUACCGUUUGUAUUAGUCGGAACCGAGGAGAGGAACAAGUUGCCCCAGGUGACCCUCUGCACGCACGCCACUGCAGAUCAUGUCUAUGGGAUCGUGGAGUUGGUCAGGAGAUGGGAGGGACCAUUGAGUCUGGCCAUUUUUACACCUGGCCUCGACGCUGGUACCGCCGUUGCUCUCCUCGAUCGGGCCUGUCGAUGCGAACCCGAAAUGUACAAGGUAUCCGUGCAUCUGGUGUUCCCGACGAGUCGUCCACCCACGCUGGGCCAAAGUACUCUUGCCCAGGGUGAUUGCGCGGCGUCCGACCUCCAAAGAGGCGCAGCCGAAACCGAGAGGAAACGGAUAGGCAUGAGUUAUCCCAUUAACGUGGUUAGAAAUGUCGCGAGAAUGCAGGCGAAUACCAGCCGGGUGCUGGUGACGGACAUUGAACUUUUGCCGAGCGAGAAACUGGCAUCCAGUUUCAUGGAAAUGGUGCGCGGAAAGUCGCCGAAAAAAGGAAUUGUCUUCGUUCUGCCAGUUUUUGAGAUCGAAUCACGUAGACAGCCGCCUUCGACGAAAAAGCAGCUGCUGUUAGCUACCAAGGCUGGCACAGCCGUAUAUUUUCAUAGAUUUCUCUGCUCACAUUGCCAAAGAUUUCCUGGUCUUACUAGAUGGAUGCUUAGACCAGAUCCAGGCAAAGUCAGACCACUUAUUAUUACCAAAAGGGAGUACCCUCAUCAUAGGUGGGAGCCAGUUUUUAUCGGAACUCGCGACGAUCCUUUUUAUACCGAAGAUAUGUCUUGGGAAGGCAGACAAGAUAAAAUGACGCAGAUGUUCGAGAUGUGUCUUCUCAAUUAUCGCCUGGUCAUACUAGACGGUGCCUUUUUAGUUCAUACACCAGGUAUCAAACGGAAAACUGUAAAAGUUGACGUAGCGAAGCAAGAAUUCUUGAAACCGCACGAAAGGAGAAACGCUCGAGUCUAUCAGCGUGUAAUUAAACAAUUAUUGAAACAGUAUCCCCCUAAUCACAAGUGCUUGCACUGAUAUACAGAUUUAAUCGGAGAUAAACAUUGGUGGGUCAAUCGAAGUUACUUUGAUACUGGAUACAGAAUAGUUUUUUAAUGCCUAAUAUACAAAAGUUAUCACACAGUUUUAUUAAUAUCAUUAUUUUUACAAAAUACAUAUGGAACAUAAUAUAUUUUAAUUCGGUAAUAAAAACGGAUUCCUAUUAGAUAGGAAAUAAAUUGAAAGGAUACGCUUACACAAACAUAUGUAAUUUAAAUGUAAAGUAUGAUAAGUAAAUAAUAAAUGAUUACUACGAACACACCAAUGAAAUUCGCCUGGAUAUUGUUUACAUUUAUGUAUCUGAAGAAAUUGAUGUGUACAAAAAUUUAAUUACAUUUAUUAUGACAUUAUAUUUGUUUAAUACAAAUAAUAAAUUAUUAACAAAUGA